AUGGUUUCCAUAACUCGAGCAGCCAAUUGGGAUAACGUUUUCGAGCAACAAUUUAUUGCAAUACCGCCAACCGCCGAUGAGGUUGUUUUGUACCAAACAAGUCAUGAAGAUCCCAAUGUCGAAUCUAAUACAAUUGUUCCCAUCCAUACAAGAGGUGGAUUUGACAAUAUUCAAUGUUCAAGUUACUUGAGUACUAGAAAAGGGGUUAUUGGGGUGGCGACAAUUGAUGGAGAUAUCUCAAUAUUUGAUAUCAACAAUUCGUCAUCAUCCACAACUUUGCAUUUACACCCGAAACAACAUAGACCUUGUAACUCGAUUUCAUUCAAUCAUUCCAAUUUAAUAGCAGGUGGAUUUGACAAGGGAAGACAAGACAACUCAUUACAAAUUUGGGAUAUACAAGAGUACCCAAAAUCUGGAGAUGCAUCGACAAAUGACAGUACUUUGAAACGUCCCGUGCUGUCAUAUAUACCCAAUGAAGCAGUUUUAUCCACUGUCUUCCUUCCGGAUAAAGACACCAACGUCAUAUGUGGGUCGUAUAAGUUUUUAAGAGAAGUGGACAUUAGAGAAGAUCUGCCGGUGUAUCAAAUUGCAACGAAAUGUACAUUGGGUUUGAUGGUGGACCCAUUCCAACCCCAUUUGUUCCAGUCAUACAGUGAGGAUGGGUCUUUGUUCAUUUGGGAUAGAAGAAAACUUACCAGCAAUAAUCGGAAGUUGAAGGCAUCGAGUGGGAAUGUUGUUAUUGAAAAUCCAUUGCUACAGUUCAACAAGCUAUUGAGUGGAUCCUCUUCUAGAAAAAAUCUUCAUCCAUGUUUGCGGUAUUCUGCGGUUCGUAGGGGUGAGUUUGCCUCAAUAUUCAAUGGUGACCUCAUUAGGCGAUGGCAUACUGGUGUUGUUCCACCCAAAAAAGUCAUCGUAAACAGAAAUUUUGAAUCUGGUACAUUACAAAGCUUAGUUCAGCAAUCAUCUGUGUUGUACAAGCCAACAGAGGAAUCCUUGUUUGUAUCUAUGGUUCUUGACGUCAAGACGGAUUACGAAAAAGUUGUUUCCUUUGACUAUUCUCCGGAUAUUUUAUCACAUACAUCCACCAAUUUUGUCUGUAUGAGACAAUCGGGAUCCGUAUUUAGAAUGCCAGUCGUUGAAUCAAUUGAAGCUUUGGACUUUAAUCCCUAUAAUGAGUUUUCAAUUGCUGGGCCAGAGGGGACCACCACCAAUUUUCUCACCCCUGAAGUGUCGGAGAGUAUGGAUAUCGAAAGGAGAAGGCUGUCUCAUCAAUUAAAGAUUGAAGAUUUGUCCAUUGACGACAAGUAUAAACGAGAAUACGAUAAUGCUCGCAAUUCAUUAGAUGGUACUUCUGUCACCAAUGAUGACAGUGUCGGCGAUCUAGCCGUUUCAAAUGAUAAGAGAUUCUCGUACGACGAACGCGAUUCCGGACCCAUACUCAAUACUUUCUUAGAUUCCAACUCCAUCAACAUAAACGAUAUAUGCGUCGUAAUUAGAAAACGCGCAUCUAUGGGCUAUGGUGUGCUUCCCGACAAGAAUAUAGAGAUUUUGCAAAAGCUCGACCCCAAUGACAAUCAAUUGGCUCUAAGGCAUGUGUGGAAGUGGCUUAGUUUGGCCAAAAAAUCAUUGGAUAAAGGAACAAUGAUAUCAGAGGGAAUUGACUUAGGAUAUCAGGGAGUACAAGGGAUAUGGAAUGGAGUAGAUGCGUUAAACAACCAAAAUCGCGUCAUUUCGGCAAGAGACAAGAUAAAUGAGGCAUGGUUUACACAAGCAGUAAAAUCUAUAAUUGCAUCCAAGGGCAAAAAAUUUGUUGGAAUAAACAUACCGGAAAAUAGCGAAAAGAAGGCACAGCGUAAAUUGUGUUUGAUUGUAUCUGGGUGGUAUCUUACAGAAACAGAAUUCGAGGACAAAAUUCAACAAUUGAUUUCUAUGAAUAUGGUUUCAAAAGCAGCAGGAUGGGCUGUUUUCCAUGGUAAUGUAGCAAAAGCGAUUGAUAUCUUGAGCAACUCCAAAAAGGAGAGAUUAAGAUUAAUGGCUACUGCAAUUGCAGGAUAUUUGGCAUACAAGAAUACAAAUACAAACAGUCCAUGGAAAGACCAGUGUCGUAAAAUGGCAUCAGAAUUGGACGACCCUUACUUGAGAGCAAUAUUUGCAUUCAUUGCUGAUGAUGAUUGGUGGGAUGUUUUAGAUGAACAUUCUCUUCCCUUGAGAGAAAGGAUAGGCGUUGCCAUUAGGUUUUUACCAGAUCGUGAUUUGACGGUGUACUUGAACCGCAUUGGCGAUACAGUUGUGCAAAAAGGAGAACUUGAAGGUUUGAUCUUGACAGGAAUUACACCUAGAGGCAUAGAUUUGUUGCAGAGUUUUGUUGAUAGAACUAGCGAUGUUCAAACAGCAGCUUUGCUUUCAGCAUUUGCUUGUCCGAGAUACUUUGCCGAUAAUAGAGUUCGACACUGGAUCGAUUGUUAUCGAACCCUUUUGAACAGUUGGCAAAUGUUUAAUUUCAGAGCAAAAUUGGAUGUGUCACGUACAAAGUUGUCCAAAGCAUUUGAUGGUGAAAAAAAGAUUAAAGCUUCUCCCAGACAAGUUUAUCUUCAGUGCAACAGAUGCAGUAAGAAUAUAUCCAAGGGAAUCAACAAUAUGAAUAAUCAAAACUUGAUGAAACAGUUUUCCAAGCCCGGUGUGAAAAAGAAUGCUCUAUUGAAUGCGUGCCCCCAUUGUGGAGCCCCAUUACCAAGAUGUUCAAUAUGCAUGUUAUCACUUGGAUCUGAAAUUUCACUGGAUCAUAAAAUGACCCAUUCAGUUGGUGAGGAGAUUGACAAUAAAUUUAAAAAUUGGUUUAGUUUUUGCUUGAGUUGCAAUCAUUGUUACCAUGCCCAUCAUGCGGAGGAGUGGUUUUCAACCCAUAGUAUAUGUCCUGUGCCUGAUUGCGAUUGUCAAUGUAAUAACAAAUAG